AUGGCCAAGCGAACUGUCGUAGUGAUCGGUUCUACUGGCUCACAGGGUGGAUCCGUGGUUGCAGCAUUUCUGAAGCACCCCGAUCUCUAUCAUAUUCGGGCAAUCACCCGUGACCCUGCCAAACCCGCUGCACAAGAACUCGCUGCCCGCGGCGUUGAAAUCCAGCGUGCAGACGUGGACGAGGGCAGAGAAGUUCUUACUGUUGCCUUCGAUGGCGCACACAUUAUCUAUGCACUGACAGAUUUUUGGCAGAAGCAGUCUGCCACGGCGGAGGUCGAGCAGGGAAAAGCUAUCGCCGAUGCUGCCGCCGCGACAACAACCCUCCAACACUUUGUCUGGAGCGCUCUGCCUGACCCAGUCGCCCUGUCGGGCGGCCAGUUUCUCAAUGUACAUCACUGGAAGGGCAAGAGCUUGGUCACCGAGUACAUCCAGAAAGAGAAACCCGAACUGUGGGCGAAGACCACCACCAUCCUUUUCCCCAAUUACUUUGAAAACUGUCUGACCAGCCCCGGCCGGUAUCUGCCCGUCAAAGACGAAGCGGGUACCUAUACUCUCAAAUUUCCUCACAGUCCGAACACGGUGAUGCCCAACGUUGCUAUCGCUGAUACGGGCAAGCUCGUCCACCUGGUCGUCGAAGCCGGUUCGGCCUACUUCACGAAGGUUAUUGCGUUCUGGGCCCAAGCCCUGUCGGAGGCGGAGAAGCUGGCUGAACUGGGGAAUUACCACAAUGUCCCAACUCGCUACCACCCGUCCAGCGCCAGCGACUUCCAGAAGCUCCUCAUGUUCCGUGACGGCAUGUCUGAGAACAUUGCGUUGGACUUCACGGAGCAGUUAAUGAUUUUUGAAAAGUGUGGGAAUGUUUAUGCACGAGAUGAAUUCGUGCAAGCCAACGAGGUGGGUCAAUGA